GUUCAGGUAGAAGCUGCUGAUGGAUCUGCUGGGGACGGUUCUGCUGCUGGUUCUGGUCGGAUCACGGGCCCAGAACCUGGUGGAUGUUACUGGAGAACCGGGUCAGGAUGUCACUUUAACCUGCUCCGUUAACCAUGCUGAGCUCUACUGGUCCAUGGAGGACCAGAACCAGACCAGAACAGGAAUCGGACGAACCGCUUCUUCAGUUCCUACUUACUUCUCUCCUGACCUGGAGGCCAAAUAUUCUCUGUCUGGGGUCGGGCUGACGGUCCGAAACCUCUCUGUGGACGACGGCAGGAUGUACUUCUGCGAGAAGAGGGAAGACGGUGGACCGGUUUAUGGAGACCCAAUCAGGUUGAUGGUGUCAGAUGUCCUGCUGUCCAACGGCUCGUCCGUCCAGCUGGACGUCCCCAUCAUGUCUGCCUACGUAAAUGAGAACCUGGCGUACUGGAAACGCUUGUCAUUGAUUCUCAGCCUCGUUUCGGCUCUGUUAGGUUGCUGUGGUUACUGCUGUCGCAAGAAGGAAGAUGAAGCUGCUGACCAGCAGAUGGAGAAUGAACGGAUGAAUCCAUCAGAUGAUUGUGAACUUUGACCCCCUGGACCAGUUCUGGCUCCUGUCUCUUUAAGAACCCCAUCCUCUUCAAAGUUCCGUUUCCUC